AUGUGGGAAGCCACAAAGUAUGCCAAAACUAUACGGAUUCCCUACACAUUCAAGAAGGACCUUGGAUCUGCCCGUAUCCUAGCAGCAUGCAAUGGCUUCAAGACUGUAGCUGACUAUACAAGCUAUCUCGGUUGUGUCGUAUCAGACAUUGUUCCCGCCAUGACGAACAUUAUCGUCUCGGGCUUCGACCCUAAACUCACACAGUCCCUCCUGAAAACCCAUCGACAUGCCUAG